GUUGAGGGAGAACACUUCUGAGUAAACACUAGUCGUAUACAUAAUCUCCCAAUCGUCUUCUUUUUGUUUUGUUAGGGUUGUUUCCCCUGCAGAAUUCUAGGAAGUGAACAGGCGGUGAAACAACGCUGCCCUACAUCUCGCGAGACUUAACUCCACCAACAGUUCAAUUCUCACGAGACGUAGCGGUGCAAAUGCAUAAUAUUAAAUAAUUUGUAUUUUAUUAAUCAUUCUCAGUUUUUGUGUGUGGGGGGGGGGAUUUAAUGUAUUCAUGUAAGAUUUGCUAAAUUAUUUAUUGAUCAGAGAAAAAAAAACAGUGUGUAUGUAUUUAUUUUUCUUUAACGCUACGGCCUCUUUUUUCUUUUGAAAAUUAAAUGAUACUGUUUUAAAUAAAUUGCCAUUGAUUCGACUUUUGCACAUGUUCAGUGAGCCCAAAGCCCACUGUUGUCGCUAAAACAAACAAAUAACUGCACGGUCACGUGACGGGUUCCCAUGAAGCACCGCGCGGGUCACAACGGACUCGGGUUCGCCACAUUCAGUUUACGCGCCAUUUACGAGUGAGAUUUCAGCGAUCGGGGAAGUGGACGAGCGAGCACAGGCUUUCCCUCGAUUUACUCUCUGGACUCUCAGUACAUGCGAAUCCGCUUCAGAGGAGCUCAACGCGGACUAAACUAGAGGGACUCAGGCGAACCAGACUGAGGUCAUCAUGCCUGCGAAGACCAGCAAGAGCUCGACGGCCUCCCGGAGAGCGGCGGAGGCGCGGGACGCGUGCGACGGCGAUAGUGAUGAUGGUGCCGCGAAGAGCGUCACUGCACCGGGCCGCGCGCACGGGAACGCUGCAGAAGUGUGUGUGGGCGAGCCGGUGGAGGUGCUGGACCAGCGCAGUCUGCAGGAGAUCCUGGAGAGCGUGCCCCCGCCGCCGCCCCCCGCCAUGAGCUCCGAGCCCGGGGCGCCGCGCCUCAUGAUCACACACAUCAUCAACAGGAACUUCAAGUCCUACGCCGGGGAGCAGAUCCUGGGCCCCUUCCACAAGCGCUUCUCCUGUAUCAUCGGGCCGAACGGCAGUGGCAAGUCCAACGUGAUCGACUCCAUGCUGUUUGUGUUCGGCUACCGGGCCCAGAAGAUCCGCUCCAAGAAGCUGUCGGUGCUGAUCCACAGCUCAGACGAGCACCCCGACCUGCAGAGCUGCACUGUGGAGGUGCACUUCCAGAAGAUCAUCGACCAGGAAGGAGACGACUACGAUGUCAUCCCCAACAGCUCCUUCUAUGUGUCCAGGACCGCUGGCAAAGACAACUCGUCCGCCUACCACAUCAGCGGCAAGAAGGCCACCUUCAAAGACGUGGGAGUGUUGCUGCGCAGCCACGGCAUCGACCUGGACCACAACCGCUUCCUCAUCCUGCAGGGGGAGGUGGAGCAGAUCGCCAUGAUGAAGCCCCGGGGGCAGACGGAGCACGACGAGGGCAUGCUGGAGUACCUGGAGGACAUCAUCGGCUCCUGCCGGCUCAAGGAGCCCAUCCACCUGCUGUGCCGCCGGGUCGAGCUCCUCAACGAGCAGCGCGGAGAGAAGCUGAACCGAGUGAAGCUGGUGGAGAAGGAGAAGAGCGCUCUGGAGGGAGAGAAGAAUAAAGCGGUGGAGUUCCUCACCCUGGAGAACGACAUCUUCAAGAAGAGGAACCUCCUCUGCCAGUUCUACGUGCAUGAUCUACAGAAGCGUGCGUCGGCGAAAGAAGCGGAGAAACAGCAGAUUCAGGAGGACACGAAGGAGCUGAGUGACCGAAGCAGCCAGCUGACCGAGGAGGUGAAGGCCAAGAAUGAGGAGCUGAAGGCUGUGGAGAAGAAACUGACCAAGCUGACCAAGUUCAUCGAGAGUCAGAAGGAGAAAUUUACCCAGCUGGACCUGCAGGACGUGGAGGUGCGCGAGAAGCUCAAACACACCAAGAGCAAAACCAAGAAGCUGCAGAAACAGCUUCAGAAAGACAAGGAGAAGCUGGAGGAGCUGAAGGGUGUGCCCGCCAGCAGCGAGAGCAUCAUCACGCAGGCGUCUGCGCAGAAGCAGCAGCUGGAGGAGCAGAAGCUGCAGGAGGAGCACGCGCUGGCACUGGUGAUGGAGAGCCUGAAGGAGGAGACCAGCGGCCUGCAGGACGACAAGCAGAAGCAGGAGCAGCAGCUGCUGGAGCUGAGCAAGGCGGUGAACGAGACGCGCUCGCGGAUGGACGUGGCCCAGUCUGAGCUGGACAUCUACCUGAGUCAGCACACCAGCGCCGUCAGCCAGCUCGCCCAGGCCCAGAGUGCCCUGCAGGAGGCCGUGAACACGCUGAGAGAGAGGCGAGCCGCCAUCAAGGACCUGCACGUCAAGAUCCCGCAGUGUGAGGAGCAGCUCCAGAAGGACGAGCAGGAGCUGCAGCAGAUCUCUGAGCAGGACCAGCAGAAGCGAGCGCAGGUUGGGGACCUGAGACAGAAGGUGUGUGAAGCCAAGAGCUCUCUGUCCAGCAACCGCAGCCGCAGCAAAGUGCUGGACGCCCUCAUGCAGCAGAAGCGCUCGGGCAAGAUCACCGGCAUCCUGGGACGGCUGGGGGAUCUGGGAGCCAUCGACGAGAAGUAUGACGUGGCCAUCUCCUCCAGCUGUGGCUCGCUGGAUAAUAUUCUAGUGGACACCAUUGACACGGCGCAGAAGUGCGUCACGUUUCUGAAGGCCCAGAACAUCGGUGUGGCCACUUUCAUCGGUCUGGACAAGAUGAAGGUGUGGCAGCAGAGCAUGGGCCCCAUCUCCACCCCGGACAACAUCCCUCGGCUGUUCGACAUGGUGCGCGUGAAGGACGAGAGCGUGCGGCCGGCGUUCUACUUCGCGCUCAGGGACACGCUGGUGGCCAGAGAUCUGGAGCAGGCCACGCGAGUGGCGUUCCAGAAGGACAAGCGCUGGCGGGUGGUCACGCUGCAGGGCCAGGUCAUCGAGCAGGCCGGCACCAUGACCGGAGGAGGAGGGCGUGUGAUGAAGGGCCGGAUGGGCUCCUCCGUCUGCGCUGAUGUCACUCAGGAGCAGCUGGAUAAGAUGGAGAGCGCCCUGAGCGCGGAGGUGACGCAGCUGCAGGACUGGCAGCAGAGGCGGCAGCAGCUGGAGGAGAAGGUGCACACCGCCCGCUCUCAGCUGAGGGACAUGAAGAACACGCUGGAGAAGUACUCCGCCACCAUCCAGAGCCUGACCGAGCAGGAGCUCCACCUCAAGACGCAGAUCAAACAGCUGGAGGCCAACGUCAUCUCCGCCGCGCCUGAUAAAGCCAAGCAGAAGCAGCUGGAGAAGAGCCUGGCCGGCUACAGGAAAGACUUCGAGGCAGCGUCCAGUAAAGCAGGGAAGGUGGAGGCCGAGGUGAAGCGGCUGCACACACUCAUCGUGGACAUCAACAGCCACAAGCUGAAGGCCCAGCAGGACAAGCUGGACCAGAUCAACACCCAGCUGGACCAGUGCUCCUCCGCCGUCACCAAAGCCCAGGUGGCCAUCAAGACUGCCGGACGUAACCUGAAGAAGUCUGAGGAGAGUGUGUGUCAGCUGGAGCAGGAGAUGGGCGAGAACGCGGCGCUGAUGGAGCAGCUGACGGAGCAGCUGAAGAAGCUGGAGGAGCAGGCCGGAGACAUCAUGCACACCUACCAGCAGGCCGAGGAGGCUCUGCCGGAGCUCCAGGAGCAGCACCGCGGCGUGCUUCAGGAGAUCAAGGCCCUGCAGGAGCAGGAGCACGCGCUGCAGAAGGAGUCCCUGAGCGUGCGGCUGAAGGUGGAGCACAUCGACACAGCCAUCGCAGAGUGCCACAGCAAGAUCCGACACUGGGAGAAGGAGGCCGGCCGGCUGGCGCUGCACCCCAUGGACGGCUCUCCCCCAGAGGAGCUGCCGACGCUGACCCCGGAUCAGCUGGCGGACCUCGGCAGCCCCGACGUCAUCAAGAACGAGAUCGCUCUGCUGGAGGACCGCUGCGCCAACAUGAAGCCCAACCUGGGGGCCAUCGCCGAGUUCAAGAAGAAGGAGGAGCUGUACCUGCAGAGGGUGGCGGAGCUGGAUGACAUCACCACACAGAGAGACGCCUUCAAGAGAGGCUGUGAGGACCUGCGCAAGCAGCGGCUGCACGAGUUCAUGGCCGGCUUCAACAUCAUCACCAACAAGCUGAAGGAGAACUACCAGAUGCUCACGCUAGGGGGCGACGCCGAGCUGGAGCUGGUGGACAGCCUGGACCCCUUCUCUGAGGGCAUCAUGUUCAGUGUGCGUCCUCCUAAGAAGAGCUGGAAGAAGAUCUACAACCUGUCGGGAGGAGAGAAGACGCUCAGCUCUCUGGCGCUGGUGUUCGCCCUGCACCACUUCAAGCCCACGCCGCUCUACUUCAUGGACGAGAUCGACGCCGCGCUCGAUUUCAAGAACGUCUCCAUCGUGGCCUGCUACAUUUACGAACAGACCAAGAAUGCUCAGUUCAUCAUCAUCUCCCUGAGGAACAACAUGUUUGAGAUGGCCGACCGGCUCAUCGGCAUCUAUAAGACGCACAACACCACCAAGAACGUGGCCAUCAACCCCAAGACCAUCGUGCUGCGCGAGAUCGAGACGGCCUGAGUGCUGCUCUCGAACGGGUCUCACACUUAACCUCUGCUUGCUCCUUUAGCCGCCUUAAUGACUUUUUACUCUAGUGUAGUAGGUGUAACAUGCAAUGUCAUCAUGUUCUCACUGCACAUGUUUUAAAUGAACAUUAAAUGUACUGUUUUGA